AGGGAGGAUAACUCUAUGACUGUCACAUGACUGGAGGAAAACAUCAACAAUACAAGAUCCAUUCCGGUGAUGUCUUACUAAAUCAAUGAUCCUUUUCAAGAUCUGGCAUUAAAAAUAAGAAUGGCAAGACGAUCAGAAUUUCCUGAAUAUGGGGCAGUGCGAGAGUACCAUGAUGAUCCAUAUCAUGGAUCAGCUAACAUGAAAUUCUCCAAGAUAUGCAAUGAGAUCAAGGCUAAUAUCUCCAACAUAAAUGUCGGUGCAAACUCAGUGGACAAAUUAAUGAAAAUUAUUGGAACAGACAGAGACAGUCUGGAAACAAGAGACAGAAUCCAUGAAGUUUCAACAAAGACAAACAAGAUAGUUCAAGAAACAACAAGGCAAAUGAGAACCAUUGCUGCAAUGACGGGACUAGAAAGGCAACAAAAGUUUCAAGUUGAUCGAUUAAAGAAUGAUUUCCAGGACUCCGUCACAAGAUUCACUUCUUUACAAAAGAGAGCUGCAGAACAAGUAAAGAAAACAGUUAAGUUAUCAAGUCAGAAACCCAAACCAAAGUCUAGUGGAGGUUGGAUGGAUGAUGAGGAUGAUGAAGUUAAAUUCCUGGAACAAGAAAGGAAAAGAGAAGAACAACAAAUACAGGACCAAAUUAUUGAAGAUGAUCUAGCUCUGAUCAGAGAUCGUGAGGAGAGGAUCCGACAAUUAGAGUCGGACAUUCUGGAUGUUAAUGAGAUAUUCAAGGAUUUAGCCACACUGGUCAAUGAACAAGGAGAAACUAUAGAUUCCAUAGAAGCUAAUGUCGACAAAGCCUACACAAAUGUUGAGUCGGGAACCUCACAACUCUCUAAAGCAGCUGAAUACCAAAGAAAGUCUCGGAAGAAGAUGUGUAUUUUAGUAGUGAUCUUGGUGAUUAUAGCAGCGGUUGUGACUAUAAUAAUCGUGGCAUCUGUGAAAUCCUGAAGAUUUUUUACAAUGUUAGACAAUUAAAGGAUAGCAAUGAAGUGAUUGAUGAUGAACCAAGUGGUAUUUCAGGCAGUGAAAAAAGUUACUUUUCAUGAACUUUAUUUUGUUAUAAUUUUUAUUUUUAAUAUUCAGGAUGUACAAGGUAAUUUAAGGUCAUCCAGAUCAGUCAAAUGUCCAUUCCCUGCUAUGUCUCUGUCUGCUUAUCAUAUGCAUUAAUUUUGAACAUUUUAAAUUCUUAAUUUAAAGUUAUGGGGCAAAAAUGACCAAAUAUGCAACGCAUUGGGCAUAAGGAGGAUGUUCCUAGAUUGUUUAGAAUUAGGAAAAUGUCACAGUGCAAAGGGAGAAAAUCAAGAAAUAUGGAAGAUAAUGUCAUAUAUGAUAUGUGGUCUUCUCUAUAACCAAUGUCAAGAAUUGACUGGUGAAUUCCUUCAUGUGAUGACUCAAAACUGUUUAAAUCUUGGUCCCUAGGCCAAGACAGGCAAUUGAUAGGGUUCCAGUUUUACACUUGAUGUAGGAGAAAUUAACAUCUUUUUGAAAAAUCAUUGGUACUAGACAGACAGACAGGCAGGCACUAGGGCUACAUAUUUGAUGCUGUUAGUUAGACAAUCAAUCAGUCUUUUAUACCCAUGGAAUUUUUUUUUUUAUUUUUUGAUCCACAACUGGGGGUUAAGACUUUUACACAAGCAUGUAUAUUUGCAAACAAAAUUAUUCAAAGAAUUAGUGGGUUUUGAAUUGUCUAGUGGGUCAAGCAUCGUCAUAAAAUGUAGAUUACCAUGGCAGAUCAUUCAUAUAGUCUAAUGGGAUGAGAAUUAGGUCUCAAGAGAUGUUAGAUAUUGUAUAUUGGAGAUUGAAACACAUUAAAGAAAUAUUUACAAUGGAUAUGUUGUCUGUAACAGAAACAUAUGAACAGCAUGUAUGUAACACACAACUAAAUAUUACAUGUAUAUAGAUAGAAUGAUCAAUCCCUUCAUAGUCUAAUCUAAUUUACCUGUUGGGCUUUUUCAGUGCUUUGAAAGAGCUGACAUAUUAAAGUUCUAGCCUGUUCAUGAAUAAAAUGUUAUGAUGUACAAUAAUAUGUACACAUAUUAUUUAUGUCAAAUGGUCAAUGGAUUCACUAACCAUGAUUGAGGGAGUUAUCUUUCCUUUUGGUGAACUAUUCUUCUGUCUCUUGUAGAUUAUAACAGUUACAUGUAUGCUAUGGAAGAGCACAGAUGCUAAAUUUAUAUGCUACUGAUUAAUUUUUUAUGGUCUAACAAUAGACAUCCAAUGGUUUUCACACGUAUAUCUGUACAAAAAUCUAAUUUGUCCUUAUUGCAAGUAUCCUGAAAAUGACUCCCAUCUUGCUUAAUUUCAUCAUACCAUCCAGAUUUGAUAAUCAUUUGAUUAAUCAAGGUACAAGCUGUAAAUGCUUUUUAAAUGAUUUUAAAAAUGAGCUUAGUUCAAUAUUAUUUGGAAAAAUUGAAAACUAUUUUCAAAUUAUUCAGUCUGUUUUUCCAUGACCCAUGACAUUUCCUUCCUUGAUGAAAUUCCAUUAUUGUAAUUCCUGUAUAAAAUUCCAAUAAUCUCAAACUUUGAAAAUAUCAAACAUGCCUCUGCUAACAAUUUACCAUCUGGCUUGUUGUUCAGUACUUGUUGUCUCUAGCUCACCACCGUGAGGUAAUAUUUGUAGUAAAACUAUAAUAUUAAAUGAUGAUCAUACACUUGAAACAAUUCAGCAUUGUAUACAUGUAUACAAAUUUUUUCUCACAAUACCGGUAUCUUUUAAUAAUUAUCCUUAGAUCUGUUCUGCUAAUGGCAUUAAACUUCAUCAAUUUUUGUUUUGCAACCUUUGAAUUUAAUUUAAGAUGCCCAGAUGAAUUAUUAUAAAUUCCUAUUACUCUUUUAAACCAGUUUAUGCCAUGUUUAAUUAUCUUGGUACCUUUUUCAGUAAAACUCGGUUAUAGUGAAGUCACUGGGACUAAUGAAAUUACUUCGUAAUACGUGUAUCCGUAUAAGAAAUUAGUUAAAAUUAUAUAGCUGGGGAUCCAUGAUAACUUCGCUAUAUCCGUGAAUUCGCAAUAUCUGUGUUCGUACUAAAUGAGUUUUACUCUAUGUACAGUUGAAUAGUUAUAUUCAGAUGCUUUUUUUUUAAUUAAAAAAAAAGUGUUAUGUGAUAAACUUGUAUAGGUACGUAUUACUUAACCAAAUUCUUGUACACAGUUUUUCUGAACAAACAGAGGUUUUUAUCAAGUCUUUGUAUUGGUAUGAGGAGGUUUUAAAAUUUGUGGGAAAAAAAUAAUUUUUUGUUGACAUUCCUUCAAGAUUUCUGUGCAAUAAAAAUUAAAAUACA